CGGACUGUUGUGUUAGGUCUAUGGUUUUGACUCGAUUGAGCAGUGUGAGGGAAGUUUCAAAAUCGUUGCUGGAGUCUCGUUGCGCUUAGAAUCAGUAAUGGCACGGUAGCAUUAGCCCACUCGUCUCGUUUUCAUGCGUUUACGAAAUCAAUGUGUGCCGUCUAGCAUUAUUGAAGUGUCUCAGAAUGAGUUCCUUUGCGGGUCGUAUGAAGGAAUACCCAACAAUUUCCCUGGACCGCUUUGACAGGGAGAAUCUGCAUGCCAGAGCUUAUUUUCUGUCACACUGUCAUAAAGAUCAUAUGAAAGGAUUAAAAGGACCCUUGUUGAAAAGAAAGCUCAAGUUCAGUUUAACAGUCAAUCUCUACUGUUCAUUCGUGACCAAAGAACUACUGCUCAGCAAUCCAAAAUAUGACUUCUGGCAAGAUCAUAUUGUUGCCCUAGAGCUGGACAGUCCAACUCACAUAUCACUGAUUGAUGAAACAACAGGAGAGUCGGAAGACGUUGUAGUCACUUUGCUGCCGGCAGGACACUGUCCAGGAUCAGUUAUGUUUCUGUUUGAAGGGGGGCAAGGGACAGUGCUGUACACUGGUGACUUCAGACUGGCCGCAGGUGAUGUAGCCAGAAUGGAGUUCCUGCACUCAGGGAACAGGGUCAAAGACAUACAGAGUGUUUAUCUGGACUCUACAUUCUUUGACCCAAGGUUCUAUCAGAUACCCAGCAGGGAGGCCUGUCUGAAUGGCAUUAAGGAGCUGGUGCAGGACUGGCUCACCCAGAGCCCAUACCAUGUGGUGUGGCUCAACUGCAAGGCAGCCUAUGGGUAUGAGUACCUCUUCACCAACCUGAGCGAGGAGUUUGGAUGUCAGAUCCAUGUGAACAGCCUAGACAUGUUCCAGAAGAUGCCAGAGCUCUUGAGUCACGUGACCACAGACAGAGCGACACAAAUCCAUGCAUGCAGGCAUCCGAAGGAUGAGGAGUUCUUCAGGGCAAACCGAUUGCCGUGUGGCUGCACUUCCAAAGAUGGGAAGCCCCUCCGCAUCAUCAGCAUCAAGCCGUCCACCAUGUGGUUCGGAGAGAGGACCAGGAAGACCAACGUCAUUGUCAGAAUGGGUCAAAGUUCGUACAGAGCUUGUUUCUCCUUCCACUCCUCCUACUCAGAGAUCACAGACUUCCUGUCCUAUAUCUGCCCAGUGAACAUCUACCCAAACGUCAUCCCCAUGGGCCGUACCUUUGAGGAGGUUGCAGAGAUACUUAAGCCACUGUGCCGGGAAUAUUCUGGAAGGAAAGAGAUUGUCUACAAGCCCCUUGGUCUCCUGAAAAGGGGCAGAGAUGAGUCCACUUCAAGAGUUUCAGACAGUGACGACGAGCUGUUCGAUGAGAUUGCCGUGGCGCCACACAGAAAGAAGCUUCUGACCGGCGAGAAGGUGGAGCCUCACUGCAGCGAGGUGCCAACGCCCCCCGUCGGCCUGAUGGACUUCCUGCCCGAGCCACGCCCCUCUGUCCACACAGCCAAUUACGCAGACUGCACAGAAUCUAACGACGACGAUGACGACAACGAAGAAGACGAUGCGAGUAAUGGUGAAAAGGUCGUCCAGACCCCGAAGCAGGAAGCCGCAGGCAGUCAGUCGUCCGGCGGCGACGCAUCCGUUGCUCCCCCCACCGCUUCCUCCAUCCCGCCUCAGUGGGACGCCUUCUUCAAGCCGGCGUCGCUCCCGACGGACGAGAGCUCCGAGCCGGACAACAGCCAGAGCAGCCUGGCCCGCUCCAGCGAGCGCACGUGCUCGCAGUCGCCGGUGCUGUUCGCCGAGAACGACGACGACGACGACUCCUACCGCCUGUCGUCCUCGCAGUCCACCCACAUCUCCGACGAUGGUGUGGCGAACUUCUCCGAGAUGGACACGGUCCUCAUACGCCCGGAGAUUAAGAAGGUGGAGCGCCAGGGCAGUCAAGAAGGCAAGGCGGCGACCAAUGGAGAGUCAGGGGCCGGAGCCAACUUACCUCCAGAGGCAAGGGAUGGUUUGAAUGACAGUCAGAAUAGCCAAUCAGAUGCAGGGAAGGAUGCAGCAGAGCAGAAAGCCGAUUCGCAGGAGUCGUCGGACUUUGAGCUGCCGGCCACGCCCGGCUCCACGGCACCCCGAGCGGAGGAGCUGAGGGAGCUGUACCAGAAGCUGGCCGCAGGCGAGGAGCUGUUCCUCAGGAGAGGCAGCAAGGGCUCCGUCUGAGGCCCAGACUGACCAGGCGGGAGGAACACCUCCCACACAGGCUGGGCUCCUCUUGUUAUAUUCAUCCCCCCCCCCCCCCCCGUUGUUCACAAGUGAUGAAAUUUGCUGUUUGUAAUGAAAUAUCAGGAGUUAUCCACAUGGCCCAGGGUUGAGGGAUGUUUAACUGAGCUGUGGAGCUUUUCCUUAGAAAGGGCUCUGAAGUAGAAGCGACGCCCUGGGAAGCCUUCCCCAAAGCCUGUCUUUUGGUACAUGUUCUCCCCUCCUUUUUACAGGGGAACAGUAGUACAAAACUGUAUUACAAGUGUUUUCAUUGUUCAUAAUUGAUGAAAUUUGCUGUCGUCUGAUCAGCACUAGUUCAAAUGAAAUGCCCUUUGGAUGGCGGUACACACUGUUCAAGCACUUUCUACAUUCAUGCUCUUAAGAUUUGGGCUCAGUCCCAAACCAGGCCUUGGAAAAAAAAACUCCCACAUAGACCAGGUUAUUUUUAGUACCCUGGUCAAUUUGGAUAUUCCACAAACAUGCAGACUGAAUAGGUUGGGUAAUGGUUCAAUGUGAUAUAACAUUUUUACUCAAAAUUACCAGAAAUGAAAUUUGUUGUUUCCUUUAAAUUACAUUAUAUACCUCUAAUUUACACACUAUUCAGUGUAUAAAAUGAAGUAAGUGUCCUUUUUGACUGCUUUGUCAAAUGGUAGUACUUGAUAUUGGUAUCUGCUGUUAGGGGUCUGUUACAUUCCUGUUCUCUUGCACUUUGACUAACCUGCUACCUCCUGAAGCAGCCGUCACCACAUUGCCUAUAUGUUGUCUUUUUUUGAUAGAUGACAAGUCGUUGAAAUGCCACUGAUGUUCUUUGCGUUUUGUUUCACUAUGUGCAAUAAAAUGCUUCAUUCA